AUGGUCCAAAUCUCUAAAAAACGUGUUCGUAGAAACACAAUUGUUUUAGAUAGUGGCUUAAAUUCGGUUAUAACUGCAUUACCGCCUGGUAAUACAGUAUCAACUACUAGCUCUCAAAAUGGUUUGAGUGCAGAUCUCACUCCUGUGAUACAGGUGAAAGAUGUUCUGUUAGAGAACUCUGAGUUCUGUAAACUAAACCUCCUUUUGAAAGAUAUGCAGAGGCAAGUAAGUGAAAUUCAGAAAAAAUUAGAUCAGUUUGAUAGUAUGUCACUGCCAAUCUCAAAUACCACGGAGAGCCGUUCUGAUAUUGGCCAGGUUAAGUGUUUACUGGAUGUAACUCAAAAUAAGCUUUUGAAUUUAGACCCAAUAGCCUGUCUUUUAGAAAGGCAUCCUAAAAUAUCUCCAGACAACCUAAAUAAAGCUGAAAAUCUGAUUGACUGCUUGGCUACGGAGGUGAUGAAGCGUAUAACCUCUUCUCACCAAGCUAUAGUUUACAACGUCCCAGACUCUCUGCCCCUGAAAACUGUAAGACACAAAAUCCUGAUUUGUUGCGGCAUGGCUAGUGUUCCAUGUGAAUGCAAACGACUUCGUAAAAAGUCUAACCAGGCUAAUUGCCCAAUCAUUUUUAAAUUCAGUAAUUCCCUUGAUGCUAGUAAGUUUACUAAAUGUCAGGAUCACUUAAGACUGAAUAGCAGUUAUAAGUCUAUAACCGUAGCUCAGGAUAAAACACCGUGUCAGCGCAGAAUAAUGCGUAGUAAUAACCUGGUCACCUCCUCUAGCUCUAGCUUUGAUUUACCAAAUAAGGAUCGUGCACAGCAACAGACACCUAGUGCUGAAACUAGCAUUCAGCAAACUACACAACAACCACACCUGCCAAUGGAACUAGGAACUGAUUUAGAUACCAGUACCCCUGUAAACAAAGCCUCAUCGAAAGAUGUUAAAAUGACUAGAACUUCUGCAAGUUGUUCUAAGAAAUUUCCCCCCAAACGUAGUAACCUCACCACGAUGAACAAAUUUCGCAGGGUUGAGACUAAUGAUGGGGAAGAAUACUUUGUAUUCAAUAAGCCUGCUGAGAGUAAGAAUGCCAACAAACCAUCACUUGUUACGAAAAACUCCUCUCGAAACAUAAGUACAUCUGGAGGUGUUCCGCAUGCUCCACCUUAUAGAAAGUCAGGCUCCAAGACUCCUAAAGUCUUGCAGCCAAAGCACCUUCCUUCACAAUUCCCUUUAAGUUAUAAAAACAACCCGAAGGUGUAUACCGGUAUGACGAAUAGCAGUUGGAUGGGUAGACCUUCUGAUGCUAUGCCUUUUAACCGCCAACCUAGGCCCAACCUGUACUACCCUUAUAUCCAGGAACACAUGGUAAAUUUUCCAGGUGUCCUGAAUCACUGGUACGACCCAUGGCACCUAGGACCACCUCAUUGCACACCAACUCCGAUGUGCAGACACCCAGUCCGACCUCCUUUUCAUUCAUAA